UGCUAGACUCUUGGCCUCUUAGGAGGCAGGGACAGCGGGCCUGGCCAGCUCAGAGGACUCUCUGUCCACAGUGUAAAUGAGGACGCUGCUGGCCCAUGUCUGGCAGGGAUGUAGAGGGCAGCCUCAGAGGCACUGGGCACUCCCGGCACCAUGGAUGACGCUGCCGUCCUCAAGCGACGAGGCUACAUCAUGGGGAUAAACUUGGGAGAGGGCUCAUAUGCCAAAGUCAAAUCCGCUUACUCUGAGCGCCUAAAGUUCAACGUGGCGGUCAAGAUCAUCGAUCGCAAGAAAGCCCCCACGGACUUCCUGGAGAAAUUCCUUCCUCGGGAGAUUGAGAUCCUGGCCAUGCUAAACCACCGCUCCAUUGUCAAGACCUAUGAGAUCUUUGAGACAUCAGAUGGCAAGGUCUACAUUGUCAUGGAGCUUGGGGUCCAGGGCGACCUCCUCGAGUUCAUCAAGACCAGGGGAGCCCUGCAAGAGGACGAUGCUCGUAAGAAAUUCCACCAGCUCUCCUCGGCCAUCAAGUACUGCCAUGAUCUGGACGUUGUCCACCGAGACCUCAAGUGCGAGAACCUUCUGCUUGACAAGGACUUCAACAUCAAGCUGUCUGACUUCGGCUUCUCCAAGCGCUGCCUGCGGGACGAUAGUGGUCGACUGACAUUAAGCAAGACCUUCUGUGGGUCAGCGGCUUAUGCGGCCCCCGAGGUUCUGCAGGGCAUCCCCUACCAGCCCAAGGUGUAUGACAUCUGGAGCCUGGGUGUGAUCCUCUACAUCAUGGUCUGUGGCUCCAUGCCCUAUGACGACUCCAACAUCAAAAAGAUGCUACGCAUCCAGAAAGAGCACCGCGUCAACUUUCCACGCUCCAAACACCUGACUGGUGAGUGCAAGGACCUCAUCUACCGAAUGUUACAGCCAGAUGUCAACCGGCGGCUGCACAUUGAUGAGAUCCUCAGCCACUGCUGGGUGCAGCCCAAGGCACGAGGUCUGUCCUCUGCAGCCAUCAACAAAGAGGGAGAAAGCUCCCGGGCCACUGAGCCCCCAUGGACCCCUGAACCCACUGGUGCCGAUAAGAAGUCUGCCACCAAGUUGGAGCCUAGGGAAGAGGCACGGCCCGAGGCCCAACCUGAGACAAAACUCCAGGAAGAUGUUGUGCAAGUGGCCAAGCAGUCAGAGACCCUGGGCCUUAACACUGAACUGAACAGGGAGACAGAGGAAGGGCACCCCCAACAGCCUCCAGAGACACAUACCUAGUGAGCCUCUUGCAGCCCAGGGGGCCAGCAGGGAAUGAGGCAGAGCUCAUGGCUUGAAGCCUGAGCCUAGAAGUCAAGGGACGAGAGAGAGAAGGAAGACAGUCCCGGAUGAGCUGCUAUUUUCGUCACUUUCUUCUCCCGCCUUUGAACUUGGUAACUCAACAUGGCUAAAGAAGCAAUAAAUCACUAUAUUGGUGCAGACCCUG